AAAAAUUCCCAACGCAUCACCUUCCGAUUCGCUCAGAGCCACAAAAAACCACCAAGCAAAGGCUCCUCCGCCGCGGAAAAAUGGCUCCACCCUUUCCGCACUGUUGUUCGCUCCAGAGCAACACCUGUCUUCCAGGAGGAACAAGAGGGGAAAUAAGGAAAGAAAAAGAAAAUAGCUGCUGGGGAGGAGCAAAAAUGGCGAAAUUUACUCUCAAAGCUGAGAACUUUUGCUCUUUUCUUCCUCAAACUACUACCACGGUCAGGAAAGCCUCCAACUUUCGGGAGAAUUCGGCCAGCGGUCGUCACCUUCAGCUGUCUCUGGCGAGACCCAGGUUUCGAGUCUCGUGUAGUAUCAGAGAGAAAGAGGGUGUGAAAAAGGAUGGGGACAAGGUUCCUGCUGUUGGUCCUUCUCAUCAGGGUGUUAAUGGAGUCCGAAUCAGUGAGUCUGAACAGGGUGGAGGAGAAGUGGGGUUUGAUUGGAAUUGGCCGCCGUGGAAGAAUCUUCCUGCGAGAUAUAAGCUUAUUGGGACUACUUCACUUGCCUUUGUUAUCUGCAACAUGGAUAAGGUUAAUUUGAGCGUGGCUAUAAUUCCAAUGUCAAACCAGUUCGGUUGGAAUUCAUCCACGGCUGGGUUAGUGCAAUCCUCCUUCUUUUGGGGAUAUGCUUUGAGUCAGUUGCCUGGAGGUUGGCUUGCCAAGAGAUUUGGUGGCAGAAAAGUUCUUGAGAUCGGAGUGUUGACUUGGUCAUUUGCUACAGCAUUGGUCCCUUUGCUUGCCGGAUUCAUGCCUGGACUUGUUUUCACUAGGAUUUUGGUUGGUAUAGGAGAAGGUGUUUCCCCAUCAGCUGCAACCGACCUGAUCGCCAGGCAUGUCGAUACCUCUACAAGAACGAUCACGGGCAGUAGCAUUCGUUUUCGGUGGACUGAGUGUGGGAAGCGUAGCAGGGUAAAACCUCUUUGACAUGGAUUUAGUUAAACUAGAAGUAUUACUAGAUCAAGUACAACUCUUACUAAAGUUUAAGUUCUCUUGUGAUUAAAGGUGUGAAUUAUGUGUUGGAAAUGUUUUGCUACCAGUCUGUAGUUCGCUAUACUGAAGUAAUUUAGUGGUCAAUUGAAUUUACCCUGCUAGUCGUGGCUAACUAUGGAAGUUGAAUACUUAAUUAUGUCUGACAAUCUUUCAGGCUAAUUUUGGCACCUGCACUCAUUCAGCAUUAUGGAUGGGAAUCUGUAUUUUACUUAUUUGGCCUAUUUGGAAUAGCCUGGUUUGUAGGAUUUCAGACUAUGGUCGAACAAGAAGCUUCAUAUGCUGAACCUGCUGCAAAUUCUUCAAAUCACCAAGAGGAAAAAUCACAGGGAUCUUCUCUAGCCGAGCUUGAUGAGUCGGUGAAGGAUGUGCCAUGGAGAGCAAUUUUCAAGAGCCCAGCUGUAUGGGCUAUGAUUUAUGCCCACUUUUGUGGGAGUUGGGGCCACUAUACCUGUUUGUCAUGGCUCCCUACUUAUUUCAGCGAGGCACUGAACCUAAACUUGACUGAGGCUGCAUGGGUGUCAAUUCUUCCUCCCUUGGCUUCAGUUUUCGUGACUAACCUCGCUGCACAGUUGGCGGACAAGUUGAUUGCUAGUGGAGUUGAAACCACAACGGUACGGAAGUUUUGUCAAACAGUUGGUUUUCUGGCUCCUGCGCUUUGUAUGAUCCCUUCCGCUGUCGAUUUAGGAUUGCCCCCAUGGGAAGUUGUGGGGAUUCUCACUGCUGGCUUGGCCCUCUCAAGCUUUGCCUUGUCUGGACUGUAUUGUACUCACCAAGAUAUUUCCCCUGAAUACGCAAGCAUACUCCUGGGUAUAACCAGUACUUCUGGAGCUGUCCCUGGAAUUGUUGGUGUUGCCUUGACUGGCUACUUGCUAGAUACAACUCAUUCAUGGACUAUAUCGUUAUUUGCACCAUCCAUCUUCUUCUACUUGACCGGCACGAUUGUAUGGUUGGUAUUUGCCAGUAGUAAGCCACAAAAUUUCUCCAGUUGAGGACAUUGAUUGUCUCCUCACGUAUACUUAGUAUAGGUAUAGAAUCGGUCUUUUCUCUGCCACUUUUUUUUGUCUAGAUCACCUGAAGGUUGAGCAAGUGCUCUGUCAGCCAGCAACCAAUAUGUAGUACCAUAUCUUUGCAUCUCAAUGUUGUAUCAUUUGUACAUUCUAUUGAAAAUCUGCAUUGCCACAGACCUUCUUCAGAUUUUGUCAAGGAACUUUCCAUUAUAUUUUCACUUCACUGAAAAUGAAUGUAAAGAAAACAGAUGCUUUAUCCUAUCUCUUAUAAUUUUCUUAAUCAAUCACUCUAGUGGAACCAAAUUUCCAGUUCCCCAAUGCUACUAGCUACCUACCUGCAAGCAGGAAGAAUAUAUGGAAUACGAGCAAACACAAUCGAAAGAGGAGCUACUGAUAUCAGCUCCGAAGAAUUUACAAGGGAAGGCUCGAAGGAAGGUAUGUCCCCAUUCGAAUCUACACUUAAAAUCUUCCCAUUCAGUAGCAUUGUUUGGCUGUGCAAGUCCCCAUCUUUUGCUGUUAGAUGGUACUCCUCUCUCAUCAUUGUUCCAAUCUUCGAAUGACGAGGAAGUCGAAUGAUACUGUAUGACCUGUUAUGCUUGGGCCACUUGCGGUUGUUAAGUCCCUGCUGUGUCAAGGUUCUAUUGACACCUACAUUGACUUCAAAUGCUGUGCUGUUGUCCAGGUUGAUCAGCAGCAGUGUAAACCGUUUCUGAAUACUUCGAGCAGUGAGCAUAUACACGUAGCUUGUUUGACCCAGAGAAGCUCGUUGACAAAGCAUUUCGUCCCAUCAACCGAUGCCAAAGAAGAGCACUGCAGUGAAGAGAUAGAGAAAUACAAAGAGAUUAAGUAUCACCCUAGGAAAUAAAGAGUCCAUAUUUGAGCGCUUCAAGUAGGGGUGUGCCACUGAAUUUUGUCCGAGUCCUAUCCUUAAGACACAAAAGUUAUACCUGUAAUAGUCAGGGUUGGGCACAAAUGUGGCGGUGUUGAGCAGGCCGUAAUUACCACCGAUCAAUGACUGUCUGCAGUAUGUUUUUGUAUCGUGUGAAGCUGCAAGUGCAAGCUGAUCCAGAUACCUGUUAUGACACCAGCAUUAAUUCCCCAGACAUGGAAUCCAUAUCCCAUAUGAAAUGCUCGUAUUGUCACUUACCAAAAGCUAUACACGAACGCAUUGGAGACAUGGUUGCGGCCACUGUUGUAAGCCCCACCAGAUUCGCCAACCCAUGCAGUCGCUGAGCUGCCAGCGCUCCUGAGGAGGCUCUGCAGACCUCUAAACGAUCCAAGCACAUUGUCAAGAACACUCGGGUCUAGAAUCUUCUCCACGAGAUUUGGAUCGACUCCUGGACCAAGAUUGUAAAUGUGGUGGGUGAUGGCGUCCACUGAAUUUCCUGCUUUUGUGAUCAAAGUUCGGAACCAAUUGGCGUCAUAGAAUCCACCUGGUGCCAGAACCAAGGGCUUUGGUUCAAUCCCACUGUAAAUAUUCUCCACAAUGUCAUGCAGGGAGAUCGUAUCAGAAGCAUACUGAUCUGCUGCAACUUUGGUUCCCACUCCGCUUCCACUCAGCUCAUUUCCUGCUC